GGUAGCGUGUGGUUGACAGCGCAGAACGCAGCCAUCCCGUGACGUUUUACAAAAAGAAAAAAAAGCGCCGGAUCAACUAGCGCAUCAAAGCAGGGUUCCUUUGAAAGCUUUGGAUUUUCAAUUUGUAAGCGGCGUGUCUAGCUACACCAAUACACUGAAAGAGUAAAACAAGGGACGUAACGAAAUUGUUCAAUCUGCAAGCUGCACAAUUUUGGCGGGUGAUUACCUUUCCAUUGGAGUAAGAGGAAGAUCAAACUGCAAAAUGGGUGAUCGCGGAGAUGGAGCGGAGGCUUUCGAUGAUGCGGUAGAGGAACGUGUCAUCAAUGAGGAGUACAAAAUAUGGAAGAAAAAUACUCCCUUUUUAUACGAUCUCGUAAUGACUCAUGCGUUGGAAUGGCCUUCAUUAACCGCUCAAUGGUUACCUGAUGUAACAAAACCGGAAGGCAAGGAUUACUCCGUACAUCGACUAAUUCUGGGUACGCAUACCUCCGACGAGCAGAACCACCUGCUGAUUGCUAGUGUGCAGCUGCCAAACGAAGAUGCUCAAUUCGAUGCAAGUCAUUAUGACAACGAGAAGGGCGAAUUUGGUGGUUUUGGAUCAGUCUCUGGUAAAAUAGAAAUAGAGAUCAAAAUCAACCACGAGGGAGAAGUAAAUAGGGCCAGAUACAUGCCACAGAAUCCCUGCGUGAUUGCUACCAAGACACCGUCUAGCGAUGUACUUGUGUUUGAUUACACCAAACACCCAAGCAAGCCGGAACCAAGCGGUGAAUGUCAUCCAGAUUUGCGUCUUCGGGGACACCAAAAAGAAGGUUACGGUUUAUCAUGGAAUCCUAACCUGAAUGGUUAUCUGUUGUCUGCCAGUGACGAUCAUACCAUCUGCUUGUGGGAUAUCAAUGCUACUCCAAAAGAACAUCGAAUAAUCGAUGCUAAAAAUAUCUUUACCGGCCACACUGCCGUUGUAGAAGAUGUGGCUUGGCAUUUGUUACAUGAAUCCUUAUUUGGUUCCGUUGCAGACGAUCAAAAGCUUAUGAUCUGGGAUACCCGUUGUAACAACACUUCGAAACCAUCGCACACGGUCGAUGCUCACACAGCCGAGGUCAACUGUCUUAGCUUUAAUCCUUACUCGGAGUUUAUCUUAGCUACUGGUUCCGCAGAUAAAACUGUAGCAUUAUGGGAUCUACGUAAUCUGAAACUAAAAUUGCAUUCAUUUGAGUCGCAUAAAGACGAGAUCUUCCAGGUCCAGUGGUCCCCGCAUAACGACACAAUUCUGGCAUCAUCGGGUACCGACCGUCGCCUGCAUGUUUGGGAUUUGUCCAAAAUCGGCGAAGAACAAAGUGCUGAAGAUACGGAAGAUGGCCCACCGGAGCUGUUGUUUAUUCACGGUGGUCAUACAGCGAAAAUUUCAGACUUUUCGUGGAACCCGAAUGAACCGUGGGUCAUCUGUUCGGUUUCGGAGGAUAAUAUUAUGCAGGUCUGGCAAAUGGCAGAGAACAUCUACAACGACGAAGAACCGGACGUACCGGCAAGUGAGAUUGAAGCUGGUGCUCCUUAGUAAGUCGAAAAAUAGAUUAAGGUAACGUUAUGUAUCGUUUUAAUUGUUUUUUAUAACCACAAUCAGAUUGACCACAGCUGUCAUAAAUCAAUUAUUCCAACAUUAAAAAUAUAAAAUAUCAAUGCUACAGACAAAUACAAUAUUUGAUCCAAUAAAUUAUUUUUGUCGAAAACACUACACUUGUAGCUCGCUAGUUCACAGAUUCUAGAAAUAAAGCUUUUUUUCUACAUCGGA